AUGGCCUAUACUAUUCUUUCUGUUUUAUUGCUACCACCUUUGACUUUUGCACUAUGGAAUCUACAAUGUCUCCUGCGAAAUUAUCGUGCCGCAAAAUCUAUGCAUAUCCCAAUCAUCCUUAUUCUAGCGAGUGGCGAUAAUCCAGUGUGGAUUCUGCUUUCUACGCCAGUCCUCCUUGUACUUCGCUUCUUAUUCGGAGAAAUCGAUAUUGUAAGAUACGGAAAGCCAGGAUGGGAAAGCAAGAAUAAAUCCAAAAUGCACGAGGAACUUGGAGAUGUUGUCAUACACGUCAGCCCAGGGCACAACUGGCAGUAUGUUUGCAAUGCGGAAGCUGUGAAUGAGAUAUUUAAACGAAAAGAAGACUUUGAUCGACCCCCAGAUUUGUUAGGCAUGUAAAUUUUGCUAUAAUGAGGAAAAUGCAAUCUCACUAACUUCCGAGAGCAGCGGUGCUAGGUGUUUUUGGACCCAACAUAUCUACAGUAAGUCUUCUGGCUUCAUUUUGUUUUGCUAACUAAUUAGAAAUGUUCAGGCUAUAGGAGCCGAUUGGCAAAGACAACGCAAAAUAAUAUCCGCACCAUUUUCCGAUAAAAAUAACGCUCUUGUAUUCAGCGAGUCUUUACGUCAAGCCAGAGAAGUACUCCAGUUCUGGAAAUCAGACAAGAAGGCAAUCACUUCUACUGAUAAAGAUACCCGUACACUUUCACUUCACGUCCUAUCGGGAGCCGGAUUUGGAAAAAGCUACUCUUUCCAAGAGAGUGGAGAAAAGCCCGAAGAGGGACAUAUGUUCAACUACCGCGACUCAAUCAACCUGAUUCUAGAAAACUGCCUCUUGAUUCUUAUUAUGGGACCAAGACUAUUGGGAAACCUCUCCGGGCUCGUGGGACUGCCAUAUAUUGGAUCUCUUGCUAGAGUUGGACAAGCCACCAUAGAUUUCAAGGACCAUAUGACCAAAAUGCUGGUUGAAGAGAAAGCUGCGAUUUCUAAUGGUAUUGUGCGAUCGCCAACUAUCACGAAUUCUCUCAUCCGAGCAAGUCAAGACAAUAGCGCUACCAGAGGAUUGACUGAGGAUGAGAUUUACGGCAAUAUAUUUGUCUACAAUUUCGCCGGCCAUGAUACAACAGCAACAACUCUCAAUUGGGCAUUAUAUUUGUUAGCUACACAUCCUGAAAUACAAGAUUGGAUAUCGGAAGAGAUCAACGAAGUUCUGGGCGACGAAGAUGCAGAUAAUGUUGAUUUUCGAGACGUAUAUCCAAGAUUGAAUCGUUGUUUGGCUGUAUUUGUAAGAUCCUACCCACUUCCUUUGGAUAGCAUGAGCUGAUAUCUGGUACAUGAAGUACGAAACAGUCCGCCUAUGGAAUCCGUUGAUCGGCAUCUGCAAAUCUACCUUUCUCGUUCCACAGAGAUUGACCGUGAGCGACAAGACUAUUAUAAUCCCACCGGACACCAGGGUAAUUCCCAACUCCAACGCCAUUCAUACACUUCCACGAUACUGGGGCAAAGAUAGUAUGUUCUUGAUUCCGUCUCGCUGGAUCCAAACGACAUCAGACACGAACGAUAUUCAAGACACUCAAUCAAAGUCACGAAUUAGCCUAGAAUCAUUCAAGACAUUCCCAAAAGGAUCGUACAUCGCUUGGUCAGAUGGUGGUCGGCCUUGUCCGGGCAAAAAGUUCAGCCAGGUGGAAUUCGUUGCAGUAAUGAUAAGCUUGUGAGUCAUCGGAGCGUUAUCUUGCCUCAUGUCCAGGCUUUUGUUAAUUCAUAUUUUCAAGGUUUCGAAAGCAUAGGGUUGAGGUAGUACCGAACAGUGGUGAGACUCAUCAAGAUGCAAGGGAAAGAGUGAAAAGGGUUGUGAAUGACAAUGUUAUUGUUCUUUUACAACAAAUGAGGGAACCAAAGAGCGUUGGGCUGCGUUGGGCUGAGGCUUAG